AUGCGGAUUCACGAGAUUCUCGAGGAAUGUGUCGAGUAUAUCUCGGUUGAUGGAGCGAUAGGGUCCGACCCAACGCGUCUGAUAGAACACCUCGUCAAACUUGAUCCAUUCCUCGACCAUGACUAUUUCGCUCAUCUUUGGACAUUGCUUUGCGCCCAUCCUUCCAUCCAGAUCAUCAUUACCAAUGAGCCCAUCCUCUUGCCAGGUGGAACUACCGAACUGGGAACAGCUCCUCUUCCUCAGGACUGGGUCUUACCGCAAGGAAUGCAGGCGAAUGUCGAUAUCUCAACCCUUUACAGAGAAGGCUUGAGAGGAAGACAAAUAGCAUUUAUGCUUGCUGGCCAAGAAUUCCGUUCCGACAAGCAAGCUAUACAAGAUAGAAAGGAAGCCGCAAGGAAGAAAGCAAAGAAAGCUAAAGAAGCCACUUUGAAGCGGAACAAGGAUAAGGUGGAUGAAGAUAGUGAUGGGGAAAUGAAAGUGGAUCCUUCAGGAUCAGGGGUCUUGAGAGUACUGCAUGUAGAUGAUUCACAGGAAAAUGAUGGAUCUGCACCUAUACCCAAGACCGACUUUAGGCGAUUGUCAGAGAAAUGGGGUGCAAGAUUAAGGAUUAGAUGUACGGAAGAUGAGAUUUACUAUAGGCUGACUGGAUCUCAUGCAAAGAUUCCAAAAAUUACAUCAACCGUCUUCCAUGUUCUUCAACUCGCUGCCAUGUCCAGAGAUAAAGGUAUCACUGCCAUCGAUCUGGGCCCGCUCGUCGGAGCUAGUCAAGGUAGUAUGCAUUAUUUUAUGAAAGUCUUGGUUCAGCUUGGUCUCUGUGCCAAAGUGCCCGCUGUCCUUCACGCGGCUGUGACUAAUUUGCUCGUCUUCCAUAAAUUCCUGGAUCAAAAUCCCAAUUAUCGCGCUUUGAUCGGCAAACCUCUCAAUUCGCUGCUCGAGGAGAAUCAAGCGGAGGAGAACCUCGACGAUGGCGCAGAUGAGGAACCAGAAGAGGACGACGAUUUUAUUGACCCUUCACUUGACGAUGCCACGAAGCUCAAUGAUUGGGGAUUCGACUUUGCUCCCUUGACUGAGGCCGACCUAAUGGCUGGUCAUUCCGUCAAGCAGAGAUUGUUGAAGAUGCUGGAUCACCCCAAGCUGCAGAAUCAUCUGUUGAGAACCAAGAAUCUUCUUCCGACUCUGGGUUGGCGAGGUCAAGCGGUCAUGCGACAUCGUAGAGCUGUUAAGCGUCACAUAGAUGGUCUAGUGCUCGAUGGUCUGGUCGAACGUCUGUACAUCGGCGAGUCAAGGAUCAGCUGUAUACGCCUUUCCAGGUUCAAUCCUGAACCGGUGGCUAAGACUUCCGAACCAGCGAAAAUCGCAGCAGAUGCAGAUGUCGAGGAGCUGGAACGUGUUCAUGAUCUUGAUAUGAUAUCGACCCAGCCCCCAUAUACGCCUCCUUUAGAUCCUCAAAUCAUGAAUAUCCCUCUGACCGUCACGUUUGAGCGCUGGAUCAUCGACCUCGUAGUCCAGUCCGAGGAGAACCCAGAUACCGAGCAAAGGGGUAUGACCAUCAAUUCUAUCUGGCAGAAUACGAACUAUAUGUAUAAACGAUCAAUCGAUUUCGCCAUCCUGCGAUCCGACAACGCCCAUAUUCCGGAACACUUGUGGUCAUAUAGUGUGUCGUCCUUCAUGGAGACCGUCAAGAAAGAACGACGACUCCGGCUAUUCACCACCGCCGAAUUCCAGCGCAUCAUGCGUAGGGAAGGUCAAGUGAUCGAAGGCUACCCUGCCAUGACUCGUCCCAAGUUGACAGGUCACUUUGGCGAUAUAUCAUUCAAGACAUUCUAUUCUUCCGAGAUCCAAUUGAACAAAUUCCUUGACAAUGCAAAGUCGUUGAACGGUGACCAGAAACCUAAGCCAAUGGGUCGUCCACCAAAAGUACCAAUCAAAACUACAAAAUCCAAAUCUACGACCAAAUCUACACAGGUCGUGGAGGAUGAGGAAUCGGAUGACGAGGAAGAAGGAGGGAAGAAAGGGAAAAAGGGAUUCAAGUAUUCGGAUACUGUACAAGUACGAGGUCGACCGAGGAAAUAUGUUCAUGUAGUAGAAGAGGAUGGAAGUGUUAACAGAAGGAUCAUCGGUACCGUCUACUCACGAGAUGAUCUUCCUCAAGUGCUGGUAUAUCUGAAAGAAAGGAAUAUACUCGUCACGCCGCCGCUAGGCUAUACGGGCCUUGGACCGCCUCCCCCCGCCACCGAAGAAGCUAUUAGAAACGGUCAUCCUCCAGAAUACUACUAUCAGUUCCCUGCCAGGGACUCUGCUGCUUACUCGGGUUUACCAGGAAGGAAGUCUAAAGCUAGAGCGAAGAAGGAAGCGGAAGCUGCAGCUGCAGCGGCGGCGGGGGAAACCGACUCACCAACUACGACAGUCCAACUUGCCGAAACAAAUGUUCCUUCCAAUAACAAGGACAAGGGAAAGAAAGGAAAGAAGCGUGCUAAAGGAGCAGGUGGGAGUGGUUCUGAAGCAGGUGCAGGAACCCCAUCGACCGCCAGGAAAUCAAAACGUCAGAAGAAAGAGGUCAACUACGCCGACAAAGCGGACUUGGAUGUGGAUCAAGAUGCUCACGCGGUGAAUGUUGUGCCUGGUCCUAUCUCGGACGGGAUAGGUCAUGAACAGCCUUCCGAAAAGGCUGGUCCGAUCGUGGAACCCACAGCUUCGCAUCCAGAUUCAGCGAACGAUGAACAUCUCGUCGAUCCAGCUCUGACCGAGCCUUCCUCACGGGUUUUGACACCAGCAGAAUCAGUGGAUCCCGUUGGUCAAGUGAUUGAAGCCCAAACAGCAGAUAUUACGAUAUCCUCGCCAGCUCCACCAGCCGCUACCAAAGAUAAACAAUCCGGCAAAAAGCGAGGAAAAUCCGGAAAAAAGCAGGUAGCAGAACCCAAGCAGGAGAUUGUAGAUGAUUUCAAGCGGAGCGGGAACAACGGACAGAAUGUAAAAGCAGUGGUUCCACCCCAACCUGUCUCUGGGACCGAAGACAAACGAAACCACGCGCUGGACACUCUAGAUACUCGAUCAACGGCAGGCUCAAGGUUCUUUCCAAUAGAUAUACCGGAUGACUCGCUCUUUGAUCAAUCUAUGGAAGAUAGUAUCGGUAAUGUCUUAGCAGAACUAUCGCACUCUGGCGUUCGACCUCGCAGUCAACCUCCUACAGCAGAACCUUCAGCCCCAUCAGUUGCAACUACGGGUUCCUCAUCGACCAUGACAGGUAGGAAGCGCAAAUCUGACAUACCGACCCAUGCUGAGCCGCCUCCCAAGACAACGAAGACCACUCAAGGUAAAGCAGCCUCGGAGGCCUUUGAUGAUAGGCGAACCUCCCUGUUCGUCUUGCCCGAAGAGCCUAUGGAGGAACUGCCCUUCGAACUUCCCGAAGAUAUCUUCACGACUGGCAAGUCGAGUGCUAAGGAUGGUGAAGAGGCCAACAUUAGUGACACAGCAGCAUCAACGAAUGAUCCACCGUUGCGACAGCCUGCGGUUCCUAUCGAAGUUGAUGUUACUCCCGACGUCCAGAUUCUGGGAACGACCGUGGCCGUCGACCCACCUAGGGCUGACGAGCCGUCUCCCUCUCCAUCCCAAGCAGAUAGUGUCAUGCCUGCACCAAGUUGUGCAUCCACUCCCUUUCGAUCAACUCCCCAGCCGACCACCUUAAGGGACAUUUCUCGAGCUCAAUCUGCUACCCCCUUACGAGAGGUAUCUGCCGCACCUUCUGAUACACUUGCAACUCCCUCCACUCCCCAACGUGGGGUUGCACAGCCUAUUCGGAACAAAAAGCUCUUACAUGCGUUGAACGACUCUGCAAAACCAGCUCGUGUCGAUCUAGGUACUAUCAGAAAAGCAAAUGAGCUCGUACAAGUGCUUCAUGAUAAUGGUGGAGUGAUGAUGGACUCCAAGCUCAUCCAUGAACAUCGAAAUUGGACUUUCAAGUAUGCUGGAACUGAUCAUCCCAACGCACCUCCUGUUGCAUAUGGUAUGGAUAGGCUAGUCGUCAAGAAAACGGUCAACAUCCUCCUGAGUGAUGGCCGAAUCAAGGAAACCAUCGUAUCUGUUCCAACACCGACUGGUCGAUGGGUCAAGUCAAACGUCCUGAACCUGACCGAUCUACCUCACGAACAGCUACAAGCCUACAUCCGUCAGAUGUCGACUAGUGUGUCCCAAUCUAUGACACCGAAUGCUCGAAGAGGUAAACCGGACACGCCGUCUUUGCCAGCUACUCCUUACACCGAGCUGAAGAGAUCGGCGCCGAGAAACGGCGGCAAGUUGGCCUUUGAUGCUACACCUACCCGAAACUCUACCUCUGGUGCCCCUAGACCAUUCUCGGAAAGGAGAACAGCGCUUCUCAAGGAGCUCAAAGUCGUUGGUCAAUUGCUUGGCUGGAAAGCCAGUCGAGUCGUACGAGUCCAGAUCCUUCAUCGAGCGAUCAUACGAGCCCUUUCCAGAGAAGGAUGUGGAUCCGUCGUCUCCACAUCACCGCGAAUUUUUGCUUUCCCGCUAUUGUGUGAAGAUAUUACCGCGGAAGAAUGGUUCUCAUGCUGCCUUCUACUUCAAUACAACGAGGAAAUCGAACACUGGUUACGGGACCCCGUCAAUCGCGCUACAAAGGUAAAAGACGUUCCCAGACAGUAUCGACCAUUAGGAGGAUUUGGUGGAUCAUCCACUAAAGCUAAGAUGAAUACUUUGCUUCAGAUCAUGGUCACUCUCAAGAUUAUCUCGCCUGUGAUUCCUGCCGCCAAGGAAGAAUCGGAUUUCUUUGGUGAUCAUUCAGAAUCGAAUGGAUUCAAAGUAGAAAGUGGUAGUAUCAAUUCAACAUUCUAUCUCCUUCACGAUAUGGUACCAGUAUACCAUAUCGCUUCACUACCUCCCCCUCUUCUUGGUCUCCUGCCUGCUCGGAACGAAGAGGAGAUUAAUACUUUAUGGUCCACUAUCAAGAAAGCAUCACUUGAGAUGCAGGUUGAUGCUCUAGGUCGAAUAGGUGAACGAACCAAGCCUACCUUGCCCCAUGCAGCGAAGUUCGAAGACACUCUGGACCUUUCGAUUGACUACACUAAGCUUCUCCAGAGACCAAAGAGAUGGAAGAGCGAUUUGACUCUACUACCAAUUCAAAAAGCUGCUCUGGACGAGGUCUUCGAUCGAACUACUGGUCAAAACAGUAUCAAUACCCAGCAGGAGCUGGAGGAUUUUGCAUACGAGAAUGCCCUACCUUUACCAUUCCUCGAGACCGAGAUCAAACGAAGAGCUGAACUGGCCAAAGACAACGCUGCCAAGAUUGCCGAGAGGCUUAGAGAACAUGCAUUGAAAGCUCAGCAAAGACAACAGGAUAUACAAGAGAAGAUCAGACAGAAAUUGAUUGAACGUCAAGAAGCAGCAAGAGUAGCAUGGGAAGAGAAAGUGUCCAGCUCGGCUCAAAGGAAAUCUGUUGAAUAUACUCCCGAACUGUUGGGUUUUGUCAGUCAUCAGACGAUCCAAAGUGGUUCAAUGAAGAUGUCGGAUGCCACUGAGAGUAUCAUUGAUUAUUGGGUUAUGAUGUGGGAACAUAUCAAGAACCUUUCGCCGCAAGAGAGAGAGACUGCUCUAGAGGAAAGAAGAAGAUAUCAAGCUGAACGGGUACGACUGACUGCUCCGAAGUUUAAAUAUAGCGCUACUUCCAAAAGAAGGUCUGCCAAAAAGCCCAAAGAACCAAAAACUGGACCUCAGAAGCGGACUAGAUCGAAACGUAAAUGGACACAUGAAGAUGAUGAUCUCCUACUGGAUGCGGAAGCGAUCAUUAGAGCCAGAUCCAGGGCGAGUGGGUAUAAAGGACGUCAAGCGAUAUCUCAACUUUUCCCUCAGGCGGUAGCUUCCACGAUUCGUAGUCGACUUACCAAAAUUGUUUCUCAGCCUGGCAAGAAAGCGUAUUAUGAAAGGUUGGAACAAGCUUGGUAUGAACUUUGGAUGAAGAUUAGGGGAACGGCAGAACUUGUCGAUGAACAUCUGGAAAGUCCAUUUGAGUUUGAUUUGAAGGAUCAUAUUCGAGUAUUGAGAGAAAAGAUAGAUAAGAGACCAUUACGACUACUUGCAGCUGCUACACCAGAAGAAGAGAAAGAGCCUGUACCUGAUCUUCUUUCCGAUAGCUAUCAGAUCACCGAGGAAUUUACUUGGAAAUACGUAGAGACGGAACAACAUAGCUUCGAUCAAGCUGCUGAUGCUCUGUCAGCUGAGGAAAUCAAGAUCAACGCCACUGGAUCCAUUUCGAUCCUUGAUGAACCUCGGAUUAAGGAGGAAGUCGCUGCUGAUAAUAAGCAGAUGGGUCUGUUGCAAGCUUCAAUGAAGAUGAUUGUCGGCACGCCUGAUGCGUACUACGAUGUGACUCAUGGUAAACGGUUACUCGAUACUUGGUCGAACGAGACCUGUCAAGUGGCUAUUCAAAGUAUGAUGGACAACAACGUCUUGAAGAGGGUGCCUAAUCCAUCGAGGGAUAAUGAAAGGCAAUAUGGAUUCUCUCAGGGAUGGCAACAGCUGGAAGAGGGUUUCUUGCCUCCUAAUUUGUUCCAAGCCGCUCAAGGCCUGAAAUCUAAAUUGGAACCUGAAGAAGGAGUAGAAUGGCCCUUGAUCGGCGAAUCGGGUGAAUUGGCUGCACUGAUGGAUAUGGUAUCUUAUCAUGAGGUCGAUUUCGAAUACGACGUCCACGAAUUUCCGACAGUCAAGUAUGAGAAGGGACAUUUCAAUACUCGAAAACUUGAUGACGACGCUUACGAGUUCGCUCUCCAAGUUAAGCGAACUACUCGGACAAACUCAUCUCCAAAAGUUCCUUUCCCAGACACCAAAAUCUACACAUCACUUAGACCAUGGAAUUACGAAGUAGACGAUAACCCUGGAACGCAACAUACUGUCCAGAAAGUCAUUGAAGCAGUAAAGCAAACGGCCGAAGAUGGAAUAACCAAACCUGAACUACUCGACGUCAUUCGAUGUUCUCCGGUGCAGCUUGAUCGAUCAUUAGCGGUUCUCUCUUCGCAAGAUGACCAUACAUUGUUUUGGACGGGAUACGAUACCGCUCGAUUAGUCUUGAGGGAACACUGGGAAUCAUGGUGUGUCAAAGUGACUCUUCAGGGGUCGAACUUGACCGAUGGCAAUGCGGUGUUACUUGGUCCUAGAAGGUGGUAUGAUGUAUAUGGAGUGUUUAAAGAGGACGAUUUCGUGAAAGUAGUAGAGAGCGUCAAGAGUUUGGUUAUCUCUAGACCUGGAAUUACUUUGAAAACGAUCAGAACCAAAUUGGCUACCAUACUAGAUCGACUCGAGUUGAUUGAUAUCUUACAAUACUUGGUUGAUCAGGAUAAGAUUGAGGCCAAAUGGUCUGAAGUAGUAGAAGAAGAUGAUACGAUGGCACCUCCCCUUGAGAGUGUUGAUGUGGAUCAGGAAGAUGAUUUGGGUUUGUUCCCCGUGGUCAAUGGAGUUUGGGAUUAG